UAUGUUUUUGUUUUCCUUUCACGAGAGUAAGAAAAAAAAUAGGAGUUUCCUGUUCGUUUCACGGACAAACUGUUAUUGCUAAAGUGACCUUUGUAGUGUCAACAAUAAUGGCGAGACUUGUACAUCGUUCCCGUACGAUCUUACGAAUCUUACGAUGUCAUGGCUUACUCCAGCGCACACUGUCAUGUCCUAUUCAGGCUUUUGCAAGCCAGCAGCAGCACGUCAAGCAGUCCACAAUGGCGAGCGUAGCACUGACGCUAGAUGUCAAACGACGAAUUGAAGAAAUCAGACAACAAGCACUCCUUGGGGGAGGUGAAAAAAGGAUUGAAGCUCAGCACAAAAAGGGCAAACUGACGGCAAGAGAACGCAUUCAUUUGUUGGUGGACGAAGAAAGCUUUAUUGAGUAUGACAUGUUUCUGGAACAUGACUGUUCUGACUUUGGGAUGGAGAAACAAAAGUACCCUGGUGACAGUGUUGUGACUGGGAGAGGCUUGAUUAAUGGAAGGACUGUAUUUAUAUUUAGUCAGGAUUUCACUGUGUUUGGAGGGAGUUUAUCUGGUGCUCAUGCUAAGAAGAUCUGUAAGAUAAUGGACCAGGCCAUGUUAGUUGGUGCCCCAGUGAUAGGCCUGAAUGACUCUGGUGGGGCUCGUAUUCAGGAGGGUGUUGAAUCUCUUGCUGGCUAUGCUGAUAUAUUUCAAAGAAAUGUUGAAUCAUCUGGAGUUAUCCCUCAGAUUUCAAUGAUUAUGGGACCUUGUGCAGGUGGGGCUGUCUACUCACCUGCUCUCACAGAUUUUACUUUCAUGGUCAAGGACACAUCUUAUUUGUUCAUCACUGGACCAGACGUUGUCAAGUCAGUAACCAAUGAAGAUGUGACACAAGAAGAACUGGGAGGAGCCAAGACUCACACAUCUGUAUCAGGUGUGGCUCACAGAGCAUUUGAAAAUGAUGUGGAUGCUUUAAUGAACCUGCGGGAGUUCUUCAACUACCUGCCUUUGAGUAAUGUGGAUGAAGCGCCAAUCAGAGACUGUGAUGAUCCUUGGGAUAGAAUAGUACCAGGCCUUGACACAGUUGUUCCUCUUGAGUCUUCAGCUGCUUAUGAUAUGUUGGAUGUUAUCACAGGUAUCAUUGACGAACAAGAGUUUUUUGAGAUCAUGCCCACUUAUGCCAAGAACAUCAUUGUUGGUUUUGCUAGGAUGAAUGGACGCACAGUGGGCAUAGUCGGCAAUCAACCUAAAGUAGCUGCUGGCUGUUUGGACAUCAAUGCUUCAGUGAAGGCUGCUCGUUUUGUCAGGUUCUGUGAUGCUUUCAAUAUACCUAUCAUUACAUUUGUUGACGUACCUGGGUUUUUACCUGGAACUAAUCAAGAGUUUGGUGGUAUCAUUCGCCAUGGUGCCAAACUGUUAUAUGCCUUUGCUGAAGCAACUGUACCAAAGAUCACAAUCAUUACCCGGAAGGCUUAUGGUGGUGCCUAUGAUGUCAUGAGCUCUAAACAUCUGAAGGGGGAUAUCAACUAUGCCUGGCCUACUGCUGAAGUAGCUGUCAUGGGUGCCAAGGGAGCUGUGUCUAUUAUAUUUAGAGGUUCUAAAAACCAACAUGAGAAUGAAGUUGAAUACAUAGAAAAAUUUGCUAAUCCUUUCCCAGCAGCUGUUAGAGGGUUUGUGGAUGACAUCAUAGAACCAAGAACGACACGUAUGAGGAUUAACAGAGACCUGGGCAUGUUGGCCAGCAAGACGAGGACCAACCCAUGGAAGAAACAUGCCAAUAUUCCACUUUAAUGGAUGUUUUGGCUUAGAUUGGCAAUCUUUACUUUACAAGAUCUAGACGGCAUUUUGUUUAUUUGUUGAUAUUGAAACAAAGGAUUUGGCUUUUCAAAUGUAUUUGUUUCACUUUACUUUUUUUUUUUUUUGUCAUGAAUAGUGACAGUGAUAUUAUGUCAAAUUAUGUUAUGAGUGAUGCAUUAUAUUUUUUGUAUCUGUUGUUUAUAUUGUAAAGUUGCCACUUAGCUUGAACUCUGGCUUGAUCUCAGGCUCUGGCUAUUUCACUUAGGAAUAUUUUGUUUCAUUGCAUUCAUUCUAGAAACUGAAGUCAAGAAUACUUUUUAAGUUGACUUGUAUAUACAUUAGAUGUCUGUGCAUCCUAUCAUUGUACUGGUAUUCAUGGAUCACAUAACCUUAACAUAGUCAGUUGUUUUUCAUUUAAAAAAAAAAAAAGGCUCUAUUCAAUCAAAUAGAGUCAGUGGUAAAUCCAGUUGGCUGGUCAAUUUGUUAUUCUAGUUGUGUGAAUGUAAUGGUGGAGUCUUGUUAUCCAAGUUGUUGAAUGUUUGUGUAUGUGAGGCUAACAUGUUUAUUUGCCUUCCACUCCACAAAUGUGCUAUGUUUGGCUCAAAUGUUUUUUAAUGAACUGAAUAAAACAAUCAAAAUUCA